CAUCAAUUGAAAAUGAUCCUUAAUCCGUUACGGUUACCGGGAGAAUUGGCGGCCAUUGAAGAUGGCUGACUUGAUUGGCUAAGGCCGUAUUUAGCAGGAUGCCGAGACGUCAUCCCAGCGACGGGUGCAAUGCAUUCCAUCCGAGGCUGAUAGGCGCUGUGAGGGCCUAUCACAGUAACAGGCAGGUAUUGCGCGACACCACUACCAGUGCUGCCACUCGGAAAUGGCCCUUCAUUAGCCUUUCAUGUCAUGGCCCAUCCUGCUGUGGCCUGUGCGCAAUUGAGUUCCGUCUCACUUUGCCUUUCGAAACAUGCAGCCCGUUUCGUAGGAGCUUACUCUCUACCGCUGGAUCCCCAUUGUCUGCGCAAUCAGAUGCAGCUCGUAGAAUUCGUCAACACCCCAAUACACAUGUAAGUUUAGGAGGCAUGAAUAGUGAUGAAAUAGGCUUGCCGAAGGAACUGUGAUAGGGUGAAUUGGGGGUCCGAUGCCCGGACAACGCUAGGGGUGAUUACGGAAGAAGCAGCAUCCGAGACGUAGUCGGUGUUUGCUAAGACCUUCAUUUCAGCCAGCAGCAGCUAAUCCCAGACCGUCAUCCUGCCGGAUGGACUUUGCCUAUCUUGUUCCAUCUUGCAGCAUCUGCGGACUACCGUACUCCGUCGGGGCUGUUGCUCCAUGCUCACUUGAGUGAAGAGGCAGCUGAAGGUUGGCAAUGAUCGGAGAGGAGAA